AUGCCUUGGCAAAAGACAUUUCCAUUACAAAUUAAUACUGAGACACUGUCACUCGUCUUUGUGAAAAAAUUGUUUGCUGUAGCUGUUUCAAAUGUGGCAUUUGUUCGCAAGCUCUUUCCUGACAAUGCCUUUUUUGAUAAGAAUAUUGAAGGAAUUUGCCUGAAAAUUUUAAAAGAAGAAGCGUCGUGUCCAGGAACAUGCAAGGUCGUUUUUUGGCUUCGAGGGUGCUUCGAUGCUAUUGAGAAAAAAUAUCUACGAAAGGCAACUCUAGCUUUAUAUGAAGAUCCUGAAGAUCCAAAGACUAUAAUGGAAACGUUUUCAUUUACCUUUAAAUAUGAUUGCGAAGAUGGGGCCUCAAUGGAAAUGGAAGCUGAUACUAUAAAUCUUCCCAGAGACGAGAGGGUUAAACUUCAGACAAAGAACCUGCUAAAUACCAUCUUAACAGCUGGAAAAAUGCUUGGACCUCUACCCAAGAAAAUGAUGCUUACCAUGAAAUUGCAAUAUUACAACACUGCCCCAGGUGAUUAUGUGCCUAAUGGUUUUAAAAUCGAUGAAAAUCCGGAAUUGACUUUCCAAAAUGACCCAAUAAACCUGAAAAUCGGGGAAAUUGACACCGAUUUUCACAAUGUCCGAAUGGUUGUUCAUACAAUCCCAAGUCUUGUUGUUGCUUCUCCGGAUAAAUUAAAGUCAGCCAUAGAGGUUAUAAAGUCAAAGACCCCAUCAUCGCAUGGUAUUACCAUUAAAACUUCAAAUAUAAGUCAUACACCACGGUCUACAUAUCAACCAACUCAGCCUGAAAUGGAAGAGCAGGUUGAGGAGGAAUUUGAAGUUUGCUGUCCUUGUGGUGUAAAUAGCGAUGACGGAGUAAUGAUUCUUUGUGAUGGCUGUGGAAAAUGGCAACAUGCUGUUUGUUUCCGCAUAAUAGAUGAUGACGAUAUUCCUCAGUCGCAUUUGUGCAACUCCUGCGCCAAAAAUAAGAUUGAAAUGAUCGCGUCUGGAAGCAAAGUGGAUUCGACACUAACAAAUCUCACCGAAGAGCAGACUAAGCAUAUUUGCCUUCUACGGCGGGCCAUCCUAUUAUGUUUAGAUAAUGACAUUCUUUCAGCUAAUAUUAUUGCAAAGUGUUUGUCUGUUGAAAGUAAUGUUGCAAAAGGUCUUCUUAAUAGGCUUAUUGAUGAGGGCGCGUUAAAGGAUAUUCGCGGAAGAAGCGGAAACAAAGCCGUUUUAAAAGCACAUAUUGAGGCUGUACUGAUACCUCGAUUCUUUACAACAAACCAAACCUCACCGCUAGUCGAGCAUGAAGAAAAAGACAAUGCCGAUAAAGUGCCCUCGACGUCUAGAGGAAAGCGCGGCAGAGCGGAUGAAGCAAGUGACUUAAUAACAAAUACACCCAUUCCUGAAAUUAAUGACAUAACAUCUGCAACAGAAGAUUUGGAAAUAUCAAAUGAUUUCAACGUAAGGAAUAUUGUGUUACUCAGCCAAGAAUCCAUGGAUUCACCAAAACCAAGCAAGAGACGGAGGAAUUACAAUACUGUCAACACACCAAUUCCAAUUGCCCCUCGAUGA